AUGCCACGUAAGCUACGUAAGAAUAUACGUAAGAGGAAGAGAGCAUUGAAACAUCCAAUAGUAAAACUGACACCACAACAACAGUUGCAACAACAAAUUAUGAAUGACCCCACUAUGUUGCAACAAAUGUCAAGCAACCCUAUGCUUUUAAACCGAGUUAUUGGUGCACAGAGUGGAGGUUUAAGAGCGGCACUUUUAGCGAAAAUGGCAGGCUAUGGUGGAGCUGCAGACGGAACAGCUUAUAACCCUCAAAGUCAAAUGAAUUUGAGUUCACUCAAAAAUCAAAUAACAGAUGUCAAAAAGUCAAACAUAGACAUACAGAAACAAAUAAGUGAAAACGAAAAGAAACUAGAAUAUGACAGACACACAAAGAAACUCAAUGAGUUAAACGUAGAGAAAAAGAAGAAAGAAGAACA